ACACACACACACACACACACACACACACACAUUUACAGACACGCAUAAUUUAUACUUAAUCAUACACGCACACACAUACUCACACACAUGCACAUAUACACACACAACACAUAUACAUAAUACAUACACAAAACACACAUACUCACACACACGCACACACACACACACACAAAACCAUUUCUGUUGAUCUAUAUCAUGCAAUAUUUGAAUAUAUAAAUGUGUGUAUAGGGAGAAAUAUUUGUAGUCAAGUCUGUUUUCUUUGAUCUAACAAACGACAACUUUGGUAAGGUUGAGCUAUAGUCGACCGAUUUAAACCCGAGUAUGUUACUGGUACUUUAUAAUGACCGCAGAGAAAGUUCAGAUUAAACACAAAUUUACACACACAAACACAAACACACACACACACACACACACAAGCAGGUACCUACCUGACACAAACAUAUGCACAUACACAAACAUCCUUGCAUGGGUGAAUCUAAACACAACACCUGAUGAUUACACUCACAAUGUAUACACCACUCGCCCGGUAUGUUUCGCAGUACAAUAAUAAUUUACAGGAUCAUCACCUCAACUAUUUAGACUAUAAAAUGCGCAGAUGCUGAAUAAACCCUAACAAGGAAGAGUCAAUAUAUCAGAACAGUCAACUGAUAGAUCAGAACUUUAUACAUACAUACAUACAUCGUCUAUCUAUCUAUCUAUCUAUCUAUCUAUCUAUCUAUCUAUCUAUCUAUCUAUCUAUCUAUCUAUCUAUCUAUCUAUUUAUCUAUCUAUCUACCUAUCUCUCUCUCUCUCUCUCUCUCUCUCUCUCUCUCUCUCUCUAUAUAUAUAUAUAUAUAUAUAUAUAUAUAUAUAUAUAUAUAUAUAUAUAUAUAUAUAUAUAUAUUUAUGCAUGUAUAUCAGUGAUUCUCAACCACUCUCUACCUAUGGACCCAUUUGAUCCCCAUUUUACUCGGAUGUACCCUCAUAAAAAUUUGAUGCUUAAAAUAUCCUAUUAUAUAAAGAUUAAGAAGUGUAUAAAAAAAAAUUUGUCAAAAUAUUUUGUGUAUAGUAGAAGUACAAACCGAUAUAUUGCAGAUAAAUUUUUAACCACUAAAUCUUAUAUGGACACCCAAGAGCCAUAUGGACCCUGGGUGAGAACUACUGGUGUAUAUGAAGAAGUGCUAAAAUCAUCUGCUAUAAAUACUAGUGCAUCCGCAAUUUAAAGAUCUCAUCGGCCGAAAAUGAAAGUUGUUCGGGCCCAAUUCAGAGUUGUCAGUAUUUUUCUAUUUCUUCUUGUGGGUAGUGGCAACAGUAAUACUGAUAACGGUGGUCACACCAGUGGCUCAGGCCCUAGUAAACAAUGUAGCAACUACUUUCUGUGUUACGUGAACAACUCUUUACAACAUCUAAACAACCUGGAUCCAUCGUUUAAUAGUUCACUCGCUUUUGUGAAGUUUCUUAAAGGUAAUUGGGAUUCUUACGACGAAGCAUGUGAAUAUAUGCUUCACAUGAUUGGGAUCACCUCUGACAAUGAACAAGAUGACACAAACGAUUCCUGCAACACAAUGUGGGACACACUCUCAUGCUGGCCGAAGACUGCUGCUGGAAAAGAAUCUUAUAUACCCUGCCCUCAUAAGCAUCAAGGGAUUGACUUCACAAAAAACGCAACACGAAAGUGCAGUGAAAAUGGCACGUGGGCAGAAAAAGCAAAUUACAACGGAUGCCUAAACCCUCCACAUCAAGUACCUGAGGAUAAUCUUCGACGUUUGACAGCAAAGACAAGUAUUCUGUAUGUUGGUUAUUCCCUUUCAACUAUAUCUCUUCUUAUUUCACUCUUCAUCUUCAGAUAUUUCAGGAGUCUGCAUUGUGUUCGAACUCUUAUACACUGCAACUUGAUGCUAACAUUUGUCUUUAGAAAUAUUCUGUUCAUCAUCUUUAGCUGCAUCUUAGGAGAAGUACACCGUCGACCAUGGAUGUGUAAACUUAUGAUGACAUUUUUCCAUUAUUUCACGACGUCCAGCUUCUUCUGGAUGUUCGUCGAAGGGUUGUACUUGUAUUUCAUGAUUGUCCACGCAAUGCGCCACAACAAAAUCAAGUUUAUCUACUGUAUCAUUAUCGGAUGGGUUGCUCCGACUCCAUUUUUGAUUCUGUGGAUAAUCUUAAAGAAACUGUACGAAGACACUCAUUGUUGGCUCCCAGUCCAGUUGUCGGCCUAUGACGCGGUUCUAUACACUCCUGUUAUUACUAUUUUAUGCGUAAAUCUAAUAUUUUUCCUGAAUGUACUCUGCGUCUUAAUUUGCCAACUCCGAAGAACAGAGGAAUCUUUACAAUACAAGAAAGCUUUCAGGGCGUCUGGAAUUUUAAUUCCUUUGCUUGGUAUAAACUACCUCCUCUUUAUUGUAAACCCGGGGUCCACACCAGCUUCAAAAGAAGUGUUCAGCUAUAUCAUUGCUUUCCUGCAAGCCACCCAGGGUCUAUUCCUCGCAAUUCUUUAUUGCUUCAUGAACAGCGAUGUCCGUGCAGCUUUAGCAAAGAAAGUUCGAGACCAUAUGGAAACAAGAAGUGUAACUACAAAAUGUACCUACGGAUCACCGAGUCUUCAGAAGUCUACUCACGAAGACUAUCAUCUCGUCUCCCUACGAAUGGCCAGAGUGAGUCCAGGCGAUCAAGAUAGCGUUUCCCCGCAAUGGGAUGCUGAAGAAACGUUAUGUAUAGAUCUGAAAGAAAAAAGUGUACAAUGAAUAAACAAAAUGAAUUCAGAAUUA